AUGACUGUGGAAGAGAGAGACGUCGAGUAUAAAGAAACUAGAGACACAUUUGGAGAAGAGAAUUUGGUCCGCGGCGGGUUCCAGCCGCGCCUUCCGACUUCGCUGCCGCCCCCAGGGCAGCAGCAGCAGCCGUCGCCGCUACCACGCCGACAGCCCGUCCCGUUGAUGCCUCCCGCGCAGCUUCAUUCGGGAGCGCCCCAGGUGGUCGCUCCGGCGCCUGCGGUCCCUCUUCAGUCGCCACCGCCUUCGAAGCUGAUGGACGUCGACCCCUCAGCCGGGCCGCCUUCCCAAGCGGUGGCUGUGCAGCCUGUCCUGCAGCCGCUUUCCUUGGGCACCCCCAAGGAGUCUGACACCGCAGCGCCUUGUCCGGCGCCCACUCAGCAGCCGUCGACGCAGCGUCAGGAGACGCUGCCUCUCUUCGUGGGUCCCGACGCCCCGUCGCGUCCAGUACCAGAAGCUGCAUCAAACAAGAACAUAUGA